AUGCAAGUAAAUAAAGAACAAGGCUCUCAGCCAAAUGUAUCACCUAUUAUACCUAUAAUGCUACAUACCUCUUCUGAGGAUCUCAAGAAAUCUCAAGAAUUCGUACAAGUUUCAACGCAACAAUCAAUGUUCGAAGAUCUGUUUUUACAAUUUGGGGAAAAUCCUUUCUAUACAUGUUUGAAGAGAUGGGCUAAACAGAAGAAAUCUGAGCAGUUUCUGAUGUGGCUCAAUUCUAUGGGUGAUAUAAAAUUGGAACUGAGCUUUCAUGACAUUUAUGUGUGUGUUUCUAAGCUUUGUUACCAUCUUAGAGUAAAUCUAAAGCUUCAAACUGGUGAUAGAGUCAUGCUUUGUUAUCCACCAGGAACAGAUUUUGUAGUCACAUUUUUAGCUUGCUUAUCAGCAGGUAUUGUAGCUGUCCCGGUUUAUCCUCCAGAUCCAUCUAAGGGACAAAGUGACAUUCAAAGAUUUUGUGAUAUAAAAGAUAUUGCAGGAGCUUCACUAUCGCUUACAAAUAAUCAGUACUACAGGGUUGUAAAUGUAUUAAGAACUAUCUCAAAUGAUAGCAGAUUCUGUGAUGUUGAUUUUAUUGCUACAGAUACAUCAGAAAUCAAUCAGAUAAAUGUAAUGGAUGCAAUUGAAGAUCUUACUAUCACAGAUGAAUCAAAGCGAGCUUCUUAUAUUGGAAUUAAAGUUAGAUCUGAUUCAGUAGCUUUUUUACAGUUUACUUCUGGGUCUACAUCUCAACCAAAGGGAGUUGUAGUUACUUAUGGAUGUCUUUUGUUUAAUGUACACUUGUGUAUCCGAAGCUUUUGCAUCCCAGUAUUUUGGGAUACUUCAAAUAAGAUGAAUUCCACAGUAAAUUGCAAUCUUAAAACACUUCAGGAAAAUAGGCAAAAUGUAAAUGUUAACUUUACAGAUAAAAAUAAUAGAACGGAAUAUAGUAGUUGUAUAAGCCCUGGUACUAGUUCACAGCAUAAAAGUGAUUAUGGCUAUGAUCUUGAUGGAGUACCGGUUAUUUUUAAUGAUACACCUUUGAGUGUAGAUAAUUGGAAUUUCUUGAAACAAAACUUCAAAGAUGGUGGACUUAUUUCUCUUGAUCAACUUACAUAUGAUAAAUACUAUACUUACAUGUCAGUUAUAAAUAAUAUAUUUAAAAUAAGCACAGGUCAUAAUGUUAGAGCUUUUAGUUGGUUACCAUUAUAUCAUGAUAUGGGUCUUAUUGGUUUCGUCUGUGCUCCUAUCGUUUUUGGUUGUACUGUAAUUCAUAUGUCACCUUUAGAUUUUAUCCGGAGACCUUAUAUAUGGCUUCAAGCCAUGGAUAAGUAUGAUUGUUGCUGCAGUGGAGCUCCUAAUUUUGCUUUUGAAGUUACAAUACGAAAGACUCCUCCAGAAAUAAUGUCAAAACUUAAUUUAAGCAGAAUUUUAGGUAUUCUUACUGGAGCUGAACCAGUUAGACAUAGCACAGUUACAAAUUUUCUAAGCCACUUCAAAAAUUGUGGCUUAAAACCUUCUGCAAUCCAUCCAGCUUAUGGUUUGGCAGAACAUACAUUGAUUGUAUCAGGAAAUCCACGAUUUAGGGCUCAAAUUUCAAGUUUGACAGUUAAAAGCCAAACUCUAAGGGAAAAAAAAUUGGUAGAUGUUGUUUGUAAAGAUGGAGAUGCCAAAUAUCAACAGAAUGCAGAUUAUAUUACUUUAGUUUCUAGUGGUCAUGUAUUUCCUAAUGUUGAUGUUAGAAUUGUAAAUCCUGAUACAUUUACAGAGGUACCUUGUGGGGGAGUUGGAGAAAUCUGGAUAUCUAGUGUAUGUGUAACAUCAGGAUACUAUCAAAAUUAUGAAGUAACUACUAAGGCAUUUAAUAUUGCCUUCACUCGACUUGAUGGUUCAUUAUCUCCAGCUUCUUAUCUUAGAACUGGUGAUAGUGGAUUUCUUUACAAAGAUAUGUUAUUUGUUGUAGGUAGAAUCAAAGAUCUUAUUAUUAUAAGAGGACGUAACUAUUAUCCACAAGAUAUUGAAGAGGCUGUGGAUUCAGUACCAGGUAUACGUCCAGGAUCUAGUGCAGCAUUUGCUAUUACUCAACAAAAUGGUGAGGAGGUUGUUGGAUUAGUAGUGGAAGUUCGGAUGGAAACAAAUCUACUAAGCCGUGUAAGAAGAUUUUUUGAAAAGCCUGCUUAUGAUACUAUUGUAAGAGCAAUUUCAAAAGCUAUUUUCUCAAGAUGUGGUUUACCAGUCCAUUAUAUUUGGCUUUUAGCACCUAGAACUGUACCUAAAACUAGCAGUGGUAAAGUCAGACGUUUUAUGGCUAGAGAUAAAAUUAUAUCUAAACAAAUUACUCCACUAUUUGAGUGGAUAUGUGAACAGACUUCUAGUUUACCAACAUAUGUUGAACGCUCUUCUCAGUUCAUUAGCCCUACUUCAGUUAUAAUUUCUAGAUCAUCUAAUUCCAAUCCUUAUAACCAGCAAGGUGAGACUUGUGAAGGUCAAGUUACUGUUCCUAAGAGAGAUAACCGUUCUGGAACUUGCUUUACUACUUCUGAAACUCCUGAAGAUAUUAAGGAAAAGGUUAUAUAUUGUGCUUCAGAAGUUCUCAAUAUUCCAGCUUCAUCUUUAGAUUUAAAUGCUCCAUUACAUGAAUAUGGUGUCGAUAGCAUGGGAUAUGUACGCUUCUCAGAGUUAAUUAGUGAGGAAUUGGGUUUGGAAAUAGAACCUACUAUUCUAUUUAACUAUCCUACCGCUCAUGAAAUAAUAGAAUUUAUCAUAGCUGAGCUUACUGGAAAGUGCCAACCCCAAGAUAUCAUAUUAAGACGAGAUAGUAAUUUAAAGCAUGCUAAGAAUGAGAUAGCAAUAAUUGGAGCGUCCUGUAACUUCCCAGGAGGUUCAACUACUCCUGAACUAUUUUGGGAAAUGUUACAAUCAUGUACUGAUGCAAUUGUGGAAAUUCCACGUUCUCGUUGGGAUAUAGAUGAAUUUUACUCUGCAGAUAUGGAUGCAGAAAAUAAAAUGUACGUACGUGAGGGUGGUUUUAUUGAAGAUGCUGAUAUGUUUGGAGCAUCAUUCUUUCGUAUAUCACCAGCUGAAGCACGAGCCAUGGACCCCCAACAACGUAUCUUUUUGGAUACAGCUUAUGAAGCAUUAAGUAGAUCUGGAUAUAGUCGUGAAAACCUUAGCAAACAACCUAUUUCUGUAUUUGUUGGAUGUUGUAGUAAUGAUUGGAAUCAAAUUUGUAAAUCUGAAGAAAUUACUCAAUCAGUUGGAACAUACGCUGCAACAAGUCAUGCAGCCUCAAUUAUUGCUAAUCGUGUCUCUUAUACUUUAGGUCUUACAGGAUCAUCCGUAACUGUGGAUUCAGCUUGCAGUGCGUCACUGGUAGCUUUACAUGUUUCAAUUCAUGAAUUAACCUCAUCUUUGUGUGAAGCUGCUGUUGUAGGAGGUAUAAAUCUAAUGUUAUCACCCCAAAUUACUAUAGCGCUUUGUAAAACCCGAAUGUUAUCUGUGGACUGCAGAUGUAAGGUAUUUGAUGCAAGUGCAAAUGGAUAUGCUAGAGGAGAGGGUGUUGGAGUCUUGGUACUAAAAUCUUUACAGAAAGCCACUAAAAGUGGUAAUACAAUAAUUUCAGUAGUGAAGGGUACUGCUGUAAAUCAUAGUGGACGUGCUGCAUCUUUGACAGCUCCUAAUGGGAUUUCUCAGCAAAAAGUAAUUCGAGCUGCCUUAAUAGAAGCUCAAGUAGCCCCAUCUUCUAUUCAAUAUAUAGAAGCUCAUGGUACAGGUACUUCUCUAGGAGAUCCAAUUGAAAUGUCAGCUCUUAAGGCUAUAUUUAGUCAUGGUAGAGAUUCUGGAAAGCCCUUAAUUGUGGGAGCUGUAAAAACCAAUGUAGGCCAUCUGGAAGGAGCUGCAGGUAUGGCAGGACUUUUUAAGGCUAUGCUAGCUAUUAAACACCAAAUUGUGCCUCCGAAUAUUCAUUUUAAAUCUCUUAACCCACAUAUUGAUCUAAAAGGAUUCCCUGUAGUUAUCCCUGUAAUACAUACACCUAUUAAUUCUUAUGAUAAUUGUAAGAGGCUAGCUGGUAUUUCAUCUUUUGGAUUUGGAGGUACAAAUAGUCAUGUAAUUAUUGAAGAACCUCCAACUAUUCAAGAAACUAGUGAGUCUGUGGAUGGCAUUGAAAUAUUUGAAACUCCAACCACAGCAUUUAUAUUUGGAUUUCAAGGUUUCCAGUUUGUUAAUAUGGCACGCAACCUAUUUGAAACAGAAGCUGUAUAUAAGGAGUCAUUUUUAGCUUGUUGCCAAAUUUUGGAUCCUCUUUUAAGUCAAUCGUUAUUAUCAAUAAUAUAUCCUCAAGGAACAGAUCCUGUGCAACUUAGUGUAGCACAAUCUAAACUAGAUCAACUUGUACUUUGUCAUUGUGCUCUAUUUGCAGUUCAAUAUUCUAUGGCUAAGCUAUGGGUUUCUAAAGGAGUUACUCCUGAAGUAGUUAUAGGUUUUGGAGAUGGUGAACUAGUAGCUGCAACUUUUGCAGGAUCACUCUCUUUAGAAGAUGGUCUCAAAAUAUGUCUUCUCAGAGCCUCUAUUAUUUCAGCUUUUUCUUCUGAAAAUGAGGGAACUCUUGUUUUGUGCAAUUCAAGUGAGGAAGAUAUGGAGAUGAUCAUUGCAGAUGUUAGUUCUGGUGACAAUAGUUCUGUAGUGGUUGCUGCUAAUUUAGGUCUAAAUGAGAUCUUAUUAUCUGGAAAGACCUCAGAAAUUGAAUCUAUUUUAGUGGCUCUCAAAUCUACAUCUGCAGAAAGUGAAUUAAUGCAUACUUCUUCAAGAAUGCUGGGAGUAUCCCAUGCUCUGCAUACUCCAGUACUUAAGGAUGCAGUUGAACCAAUUGCUCAACUUUUAGGUGGCAAUAUACUCUUAAAACCUGAAUUACCUUUUAUUAGUGGUAAAACUGGGAACUUUGUAUCAAAGGAAAUUACAAACCCAAGAUAUUGGGCGUGGCAAAUAGUUGAUAAAAUAAAAGCAUAUGAUGCAAUUAAGACAGCUAUUUCUGCAGGAUGUAGAGUCUUUAUAGAUGUUGGCCCUACAUCUGUUACAUCUCCAAUAGAUAUUGAGCUAAUGCAAAGUCUCAAUAAAGAAAGUGAUAAUUUUGAGACAAUCAGAAAUAUAACAGGAAAUGUAUUAAGAACUAUAACUGAAGAUGAUAUGCUAAUAGGUCAAUCAAGACUGAGUUCUACUGUACUAUUGGACAGUGAAGUACCUAACAAUACAACUUGGAUUUCCUCUUUCACUUCUGAAGGUUAUAGUUUACCAAAAUUUAAUGACUUAACUAAUUAUGUCCAACAAGUUAUAAAGAUAACAAAAAUCACUCCCAGAACUUAUCUUGAGAAAAAGCUCCCAAAACAGGAUGGUUUAUUUCCAAGAGAGGCUUUUCCAUGGGUUGGAAUUCCUCAUCCAUUCUUAAAAAGCGAUAACAAGACAAGUGCUGAAUACGAGUUUAAAUCAUUAUCUUAUUUAUCGUCAGCUUCUGUUCGUUUACUAUCUGAUCACAUAGUCUAUGGGCAUAUAGUUAUGCCUGCAGCUGGUUUUGUGGACAUUGCAGCUGCUGCUUUAUCUACAUCUCUUGGAUUAACAGAACGUUGUAUAGUUACCCUAAAAAGUGCUAUAUUUGAGUCUCCGAUGGUUAUUGGUAGUGAUAAGAGCGAUAUUGAAUAUUCUACAGUUUUAGAAAAUAUCCCAAAUGUUUUAAAUAGAAGUUCCUUAAACCUAGAGAAUUCCGAUAAAACUGAAAAGCAAGGGAAUAUACAAGUGGAGUGUAUUAUUAGUGGUUCUCAAGAACUAAUAAUUAGUAGUAGCAACAUGGACGAUGAAGUUUUCACUCAAAAUUUUAGUUGUUUAAUAGAAAGUGGGGGUGUCCUUCCUAAAAAACCUAUAUCUCUUGAAGAUCUUAGAGCUACUUAUCCUAUUGAAUUUGAUGUUAAUAAUAUCUAUAGAGAACUUUCUAGAGUUGGCUUGAAAUAUGGGAACAGAUUUAGGACAUUGAAGGAAUUAUAUAAAAGUAAAGAUGCGCAACGAGCUCUUGGAAAAUUGAGUUUAUCUAAAUUCAGUAAGCUAGAUUCCUUUGAAAAAGGCUUCUUUAUUCAUCCAACAAUUAUUGAUGGUUCCUUACAUGUUGCAUCUAUUUUAGUGGGCAAUCUCAGUGAAGGAAAUAAUGAACUUGAUAUUCCUGGUUCAUCUAUUCAAAAGGAUAAUAAAAACGAAGAAAAGCAACAACCUAGUAAGGCUAAGGCUAUGAUUCCUGUAUCCAUUGAUCGUGCAACACUUAUUAAAAGUACGGAUUGUGAUACCUUUUGGGCAAAUGUUUUAAUCUGCAACCAAGAUAGAAAGACUGCAACUAUUAAUGUUGAACUGUAUGAUUCAAAAGGGUAUUUAGUAGUAGAGCUUUCCAAAGUUGUCCUUUGUCAGCUAGAUUCUACAUCCAUAUCAUCUUUUUCUUUUGAGAGACAAACAAAAGAUUUACUGUGGACUAAUGAGUGGAUUACCUAUGGGCAAUUGCAAGUUCAAAACUGUACAGAAGUAGCGUCUAAUGAGGAAAUAGAUAAUAAAGCAGAAGGAUCUGAAUUUAUAAAGGAUAGUUUACAAAGUAUAUGCUCCAUCUUAGUUUUGCACUUUGGAGAACAUAUACCUCAAGUUUUAAAUGAAAUUCAAGAUCAGUCUACCAAUUUCCAAUACCUGAAUCUAACAAAAAUAAAAAGUAACUCAUGGACUGAAGAGCUUGUAAAAUACUUUUCUCAGAAUUAUAACUGUGUUGUAUUUUUACCUGCUAUUGAAGUAGAAGAGAAUAGUACUGGUGAACUUGGAAAUGAAGAUGCUAUACAUGUUUUAAAUGCAGGUCUCAGCAUUUGUAAGGCAAUCAUUCAAAUCUACACAAAGAAAUCAAGUGAAUCACAAAUUAUACAAGAUAGUUUGGAGUAUGAGCAGUCACAGAGUUCCCCAAAGUAUAAGCAUUCUAAGGAACUUCAAAAUCUUCAACCUAGUAUUCCAACUAUUUGGAUAUUAACAUAUAAAACUCAAAAUUUACAGAAUACCGAAGUUAUAAAAGAAGAAUUGCCAAUUCACGCUGGUUUAUGGGCCAUGGCAAGAUCAGCAAGAAUUGAAAUGAAAAUGAUAUAUUCUAUUCUAUCUCCUAUAAAAUGUCUUGACGUAGAAUUUCUAUUGAAUAAAAAAGUUGAAUAUAGGAGAAAUCAGGCUGAAAUACUUAGUACUUUCAAUUGGAUAAAUAGCAUGUCAAGUAUAUCAAGGCUUGAUACUGAGUACGAAUUUUGCAUAAGAUCUAGAGUUAUCUGCGUCAACCGUUUAAAGAAGUGUCUUGAUGUAGCUAUAAAGGGACCACUAGAGCUUUGUAUGAUUGGAAGGGGAUCCUUAACAAAUUUGAAAUUAAGAGGUAUGUCAUCUUCCCAAAGAGCAAGCCCAAAAAAAGGAGAAGUAGAGAUCCGUGUAAGAUCUAUUGGAUUAAACUUUAGAGAUGUAUUAAAUGUUAUGGGAUUAUAUCCAGGAGAUCCAGGUCCUCCAGGAGGAGAUUGCUCUGGUAUAGUAGUUGCAGUUGGAGAAGGUGUUUCUCAUCUUCAAGUUGGUGAUUAUGUAUUUGGUGUAGCCCCCGGUUGCCUAAAAACAUAUGUUACUACCGAUGCUAAUCUUAUGUGUAAAAUACCAGAUGGAUUUUCAUUUGAAGAGGCUGCUACCUUACCAGUAGUUACUACUACUGUUGAAUUAGUUUUGAAAGAUAUUGCAAAUAUUAAAUCUGGAGAUCAUGUAUUAGUUCAUGCAGUAACUGGUGGAAUUGGAUUAAUGAUUGUUCAAUAUUGUAAGACUAUAGGUGCAAAAGUAUAUGGAACUGCAGGUAAUGAUACAAAGAUUGAAUAUGCAAAAUCAAUUGGAGUUGAAGUUGUUAGUAGUUCAAGGGAUUCAUCCAAAUUUACUAAAGAUAUGGAACAAUAUAUUGGAAAAUUAGAUAUUGUAGUCAAUUCAUUAAUUGAAGAUUUUAUUCCUGCCUCUUUAGAAUUAUUAAAACCAAAUGGUCAUUUUAUUGAAUUAGGUAAGCGUGGUAUAUGGAGUGAUGAAGAUGUUGCUAAAAUAAGGCCAAAUAUCAAUUAUACUAAAGUUGCUAUUGAUGUAAUGAUGGAAGAAAAACCUAUUUGGUUUAGAAGUAUGUUAGAUCGUAUUAGAAAUUUAGCAAAUGAGAAAAAGAUACAACCAUUACCAAUGAAAAUAUUUAAUAUGAGAAAUUACAAAGGUGAAAAUGAUGGUAUUGCAGCAUUUAGAUUUAUGCAAAGAGCUCAACAUAUUGGAAAAGUUAUUAUAAAUAUUCCCAGCCCAUUUUCAUGCAAUAUUGUAGACAAUUGUAAAAACUCUUUAGGGUAUGUUGUAUCCAAGAUUACUCCAGGGAAGUGCUUAAUCACUGGAGGCUUUGGUUCUCUGGGUUUAAUUACUAUUUCUUGGUUAAUAAGUGAAGGAGUGACAGAUAUUGUUAUUUUGUCCCGUAGAAAAUGCGAACCUAUAAAAGGAUCUAAUUCACAAUGGGAUGAUAUUAAGACUAUACUAAUUAAUAAUCCAGAAAUAUCUGUAGAACAUAUACAAUGUGAUAUAAGUAAAAAACAAGAUUUGUAUAAUAUAAUGAGCAAAUUAAAGAAUAUCCAACAUAUUUUCCAUAUUGCAGGGGCUAUCUCUGAUGCACAGAUAAAGGAUCAAGACUUAUCACAAAUUUUGGCUGCAUAUCAGCCAAAGGCUAUUGGAGCUUGGAAUUUACAUAAUAUAUGCCAAGAGCUUGGUAUAGAUAAUAACUUGAAAUCUUUUGUAAUGUUUUCAUCUGUUUCUGCAGUACUUGGUAACUUUGGCCAAUUAAACUACUCAGCUGCAAAUGCAUGUUUAGAUGCACUUGCUAGCUAUCGUAAUAAAUUGGGAUACUGUGGCCAAAGUAUUCAGUGGGGACCUUGGAUUGAGCAAGGAAUGGCAAUAAAUUUGAAAAAAGAUAUAGAGAGAGUUGGAAUAAAUGGAAUUACGAAUGAAAUCGGGUUGAAGGUUUUAAGUGAUGUAAUGUUGUAUCCAAAUUUACUAGAAGUGGUUUCAUGUCUUUCUAUAAAGUGGGAAACAUAUAUUGUGAGAGUUUAUUUAGGCCAAUCACCAGCAUUUCUUUCUAUGAUGAAAAUAAGGGAACAAUUUCAUGAAUCAUCAAUAGUCAAUUCACUAGUUAAUUUAUCACCCGUACAAAGAUUUGAAUAUGUUGAAGCUGAGAUUCGUUCAUUAGCUACUAGUAUACUUGGUAUUACUGUAGAUUCAUUAGAUGCACCUUUACAAAAUAUUGGGAUAGAUUCUUUGGCAGCACUUGAAUUCAGGAAUUCUCUUUGUCAAAAAUUUAAGAUAAAAUUGUCAGCAACAAUACUUUUUGACUAUCCAACCUUGAGGAGUAUUGUAACUCAUAUUUGUGAAAAAGUAGAAGAUAAAAGUUUUAAAGCAUCUACAAGUGCAAUUUCUCAGGAUAUUAGUGAUAUAACAAGAGCCGAUAGCUCAGAAAAUGUAGGAAUUAUUGUUGGAAUGGCUUGCCGUCUACCUGGGGGGGCUAACACUCCUCAGGGAUUGUGGACUUCUUUGAUAAAUGGAUAUUCUGUAAAUCCAUUAACAAAUCGUCAUAUAAACUCAAUAGAUGGAACAUUUUGUGCAGUAAGAGAUAUUCCACUAAGUAGAUGGAAUAAUUUGUUAUUUUAUAACUCAGAUCCAGAUAUGGCUGGGAAGAGCUACACAAAUAAGGGUUGUUUUAUGGAUGCUGUGGAACUUUUCGAUAACCAAAAAUUCAAAAUUCCCAAUAUAGAGGCUAACUAUAUGGAUCCUCAACAAAGAAUUUUACUUGAAAUAAGCUAUGAAGCUUUAGUAGAUGCCUCUUAUUCUGAAGAGACUCUAUUAGGGGCAAAUAUAGGAGUGUUUGUUGGAUGUUGCUCAAAUGACUGGUCAUUUUUACAAAACAGAAGAAUUAUGGCCCCUUUCACUGGAACAGGUGCCGCAAAUACAACGAUUUCUAAUCGUGUUUCAUUUGUAUUUGGCCUUAAAGGGCCAAGUAUGACUGUAGAUACCGCAUGCGCGUCUUCCCUUACUGCUAUGUGUGUUGCAAUGGACUGCUUUAAAAAUGAUGAAUGUAACGGGGCUAUUGUAGGAGGAGUUCACAAUCUACUUUCUCCAAAUCUAUUUAUAGCAUUUUCGAAAGCUAGAAUGCUUUCCCCUAACGGAUUUUGUAAGACAUUUGAUUCAAGUGCAAAUGGAUAUGUACGUGGUGAAGGUUGUGGAACUAUAGUUAUGCUUAAAGCUUCAGAAUAUGCCAAAAGAAAGACACCAAUAUUAGGAGUUAUAAAGGGAUGGGCAUGUAAUCAUGUAGGACGAAGUGUCAGCCUUACAGCUCCCAAUGGGCCUUCGCAAAGUAAUGUGAUUAGCUCUGCUCUAAGUAAAGCAAAAUUGCAACCUAAUCAAAUUGACUAUAUUGAAACUCAUGGAACUGGAACAUCUUUGGGAGAUCCAAUAGAAAUAGGGGCUUUGAAAAAUAUCUUUGGUGGCUCAAAUAGAGAUUCACCAUUGGUUUUAGGAGCCCUAAAGACAAAUAUUGGGCAUCUUGAAGGAGCUGCAGGGAUAUCAGGACUUAUUAAACUAAUUUUAGUUUUACAACAUCGCAAAGCUCCGAAGAUUGCCCAUCUAAAAAACUUAAAUCCACAUAUAGAUAUUGAGGGGUUUAAUGUAUUACUACCGCAAAAUUUACUUUCACUAAGCAACGCAAAAAAGAAGUUGGUUGGUGGUGUUAGUGGAUUUGGAUUUGGAGGAUGUAAUGCUCACGUGAUUGUAGAAGCUCCAACGAAAGAUGAACUGGAGAAGUCUGUAGAUCCUGAUUUGAAUAAACCAAAUAUCACAUUUGUAUUUACUGGGCAAGGAUCACAAUAUGUAAAUAUGUGUAGAGAAUUUUACGAUACUGAGCCAAUAUUUAAGUCUUCUAUGGAUUUAUGUAAUCAGCUUCUGCAUCCUAUUCUUAAAAGGCCUCUUUUAAGCAUAAUAUAUCCAGAUCUAUAUCCAUCAAAAAGUAAGGAUAACACCCAUGAGGAAGUUAAAUAUAACAAUUUAACAAAGACAAACAAUUGCAGUAAACAAAAUGAAUAUGAGGAAGAUGUUAGCUUGAUAUUGAACCACACAUCAUUUGCUCAACCUGCAAUAUUCUCUGUAGAGUAUUCUCUUGCGAGAUUGUGGAUAUCAAAGGGAAUUAUACCAUCUUCUGUUAUGGGUCAUAGUCUAGGCGAAUUUGUUGCGGCUGUAAUAAGUCAAGUAAUGUCUCUUGAAGAUGCUAUUGUAUUAGUAGCCCGUAGAGCUGAAAUCAUGGCAUCUCUCCCACUUUAUGAUGGAAUAAUGGUUGCAUGUAGAUUAACAGAAGAAAAAGUUCUGAAUGCUAUUAAGAAAUUAAAUUUUGAAUCUUCAGUUGCAGUUGCAGCUAUAAAUGGACCUAACAGUGUGACUAUAUCAGGGUCUAGGGAGUCCGUUAUGAAAAUGCUGAAAUACCUGGGUAUGGAGAAUCGCUUCAAACAGUUGGAUGUAUCACAUGCUUUUCAUUCACCUCUAGUUAGUGAAGCUGAACCUCUAUUUUCAGAAUAUCUGAAGUCUGUAAAUUUAAAAAAACCAGUUUUGAAUUUUAUUUCUACAGUUUCAGGUAGAAGUGAACAGGAAUUUCUUGCAACUCCAGAAUAUUGGUCUAGGCAUAUUUUAAAUCCAGUUCGUCUUCAUGAUGCAGUAGUAUUUAGGUUAGAAGAGUCCCUUGAAAAACCAAAUGUUUUUGUAGAAAUUGCAUCACGCCCAGUACUAACACAGCUUAUUAAAGCUUCUAUUCCAUCUCAUAGUUCUGCAAAUAUCCUUUGUACAGCCUUGAUUAAAGAUUCUAAAUAUGUAUUUAAGGAAGCUUUAGAUAAAGCAAUUGCAAAUCUUGUAAGUAAGUAUGGUAGCAAUAACAAAACUCCCAAUAGUACUAAUUCAGAUUUGUGGCGUAGUCAAUUAUUGCAAAGAAGAGAAAUUCCAUGGAUUAAAACAGUACAUCCUAUUGUAAUACCUCUACAGGACUUAUCAGAUAAUGAAUGGAUAUCCGAAAAUCUACCACUUGGUCAAAGUAAUGCCUCAGAUUUACUACAGAGACUUGAAUUUUGCUGCAGACUAAAUUUAGAUAUUCUUGAACUUUUUGAAAAUCACAAAGUUUUAGGUAAAUCGAUUCUCCCAGGUGCUGCAUAUGUAGAUCUUUUAGCUAAUGCUGCUGUGCAACUUGCAUCAUCCCAAGUUGCACUGGGAGUUAGGGAAUCUAUGCCAGAUUGGGUUUGUAUUAAGCAUGUGGCUUUCUUACAACCUUUCCCAUUAUCUUCUGCUUCCAAAUAUCCUCUGCUAAAAAAUUCUCAAGGAACAAUUGAAUAUUGUGAAGAUAAUGAAAUAAUAGAUAAUAGUGAUUUCUAUAUUACUAUUUCUAAUCUCAAUGGUUACCAAAUUAGUAUCCAAUCUGAUAUUUCGGAAGGAAAGGAUUUAGUGGAGUAUGCAGUUUGUUCAGGUAUUGAAUUUUUAAAUAAUAAUGAAGCAAAACAAAAAAAUUCUUCAUUCUUAUCUAGUUGGCCAGAUUUAGAGUCAAUCUCUAGCAAAAAUUCAUUUUCUGUAGAUGCAGUAUAUUCUGGAAUGUAUGAUGCAGGGUUACAAUAUGGCUCUAGAUUUAAAACUCUUAAACAAAUGUGGAAAAUUAGUGAAAACACUGCUUUUGGUGUUUUGCAAAUUGAUUUUGAGAAUCUUAAGUAUAUGAAUAAUGAUCCACUGGCAUUCUAUGAGGCUUUUAAUAAUGAAAGAGGCUUUGUACUACAUCCUACAAUAUUAGAUGGAGCUUUGCAUAUGUGUGCUUCACUGUUAGGAGAUUUAAGUAAAUCAGAGGAUCCUGAGUUAAAUAGACGCGUCACUAUGGUUCCUGUGAGCCUAAAUGUGGGCUAUAUCCCUACAAAAACAGAUCAACUUAGCUUCUUAAAAGGGGAGAAGCUUUGGGCUUAUAUCCAACUUGUUGGGUUUGACAAAGAAAGUGCAUCCGUGAAUGUUAUCAUUAAAAAUUCAAACUUGGAACCAGUUGUCUUUUUAAUUGGUGUGACUUUGCGUUCAGUAAAGCAUGACAUUGUAUCUAAUCAAGUUAUAAAAUUCCAAAAUAUUCCUAAAGAGAUUUUGUGGAAAAUUGACUGGGUAAAAUCAGAAUUACUCUAUACCCGUAAUGAACUACUCCUUGCUCUAGAAACAAAAACUCCAACUAGCUCAUUGAAGAUAAAGUCUCCAAUGAGUAAAAACUUAAAAAUCCUAUUGCUAACUUGCUUAGAUUAUUCUCAGGGAAUGUCAAAAUAUCCAGAGAACAUAACGGUUACAACUGCUAACUUUUCACAAAUGAAAUUUGAAGAUUUGCAAAAUCUAAUGAUUGGAAAAGAAUCUCCAAGUGUUUCUGAAUCAUCUUAUAAUCAUAAUUGGGAUCUCAUUUGUAUAUACAUACCACCUCAAGAUGAUUUAAGCUAUAGCCUCAAAUACUAUGAAUUAACUCUUAACAUUUGUAAAAUAACUAAGCAAAUGUUGGAACUUAGUGGAUAUUCCAUGCCACCUAUCAGAAUCAUUACAAUAAAUCUUAUUUAUACUAAUGACGAUCAACCUUCGGAAUUUCCAAAAAUAGAUUCAGGUUUGAUAUCCCUUUUAAGAAGUGCACGGCAAGAAUUGGAGUUAUCCUACGAUAAGAUUGUGAAAAUCGGAUUUUUAGAUAUUGAAAGAAAUAUGGAGCUAAUAGAUGCAAUAUUAUUUGUACUAUUUAGGGAUAUUAGAAUAAAUAAUGAAAGUGAAGAUUAUACUCUUCAAAGUCCCAAAAAAAAGAAUCCAGGUUUAUUUGUCUCAGAAUAUGAACCUGAAUAUGCUAUUAGAAUAUCUGAUCAGAAUUCACUUAAAUCAAAUACUAAGGAAUCGACGAAGUUCAUGGUAUUCUUGCCUAUAAUAAAUAAAUUUAAAGACCCCGAUAGGAUCAUUGGAUCUAUGAAGCUCUAUAUGUCAAAUAGAGGAUCCCUUAAUAACCUGGAUCUAUUACCUUUGUAUUCAAUGGAAAGAGCUAAACCAACUCAACAUGGGCAAAUAGAAAUACGUGUAAGAUCUAUUGGAUUAAACUUUAGAGAUGUAUUAAAUGUUAUGGGAUUAUAUCCAGGAGAUCCAGGUCCUCCAGGAGGAGAUUGCUCUGGUAUAGUAGUUGCAGUUGGAGAAGGUGUUUCUCAUCUUCAAGUUGGUGAUUAUGUAUUUGGUGUAGCCCCCGGUUGCCUAAAAACAUAUGUUACUACCGAUGCUAAUCUUAUGUGUAAAAUACCAGAUGGAUUUUCAUUUGAAGAGGCUGCUACCUUACCAGUAGUUACUACUACUGUUGAAUUAGUUUUGAAAGAUAUUGCAAAUAUUAAAUCUGGAGAUCAUGUAUUAGUUCAUGCAGUAACUGGUGGAAUUGGAUUAAUGAUUGUUCAAUAUUGUAAGACUAUAGGUGCAAAAGUAUAUGGAACUGCAGGUAAUGAUACAAAGAUUGAAUAUGCAAAAUCAAUUGGAGUUGAAGUUGUUAGUAGUUCAAGGGAUUCAUCCAAAUUUACUAAAGAUAUGGAACAAUAUAUUGGAAAAUUAGAUAUUGUAGUCAAUUCAUUAAUUGAAGAUUUUAUUCCUGCCUCUUUAGAAUUAUUAAAACCAAAUGGUCAUUUUAUUGAAUUAGGUAAGCGUGGUAUAUGGAGUGAUGAAGAUGUUGCUAAAAUAAGGCCAAAUAUCAAUUAUACUAAAGUUGCUAUUGAUGUAAUGAUGGAAGAAAAACCUAUUUGGUUUAGAAGUAUGUUAGAUCGUAUUAGAAAUUUAGCAAAUGAGAAAAAGAUACAACCAUUACCAAUGAAAAUAUUUAAUAUGAGAAAUUACAAAGGUGAAAAUGAUGGUAUUGCAGCAUUUAGAUUUAUGCAAAGAGCUCAACAUAUUGGAAAAGUUAUUAUAAAUAUUCCUAGCCCAUUUUCAAUAAGGAAAUGUUCAGAAAUAAUUUCUGAAGAUACAAUUGAACAACAAUGUGUUAAUAAAUCGAAUUAUUGUCAAAUUAAAAGAUACAAUAAUUUUUCAAAAUAUCAAUAUGGUGUUUAUAUAAUAACAGGUGGUUUAGGAGGUUUGGGUCGUGUUGUAAUCCAUUGGCUACUAGAAGAGGGUAUUAGGAAUAUUGUAAUAUUAUCUAGAAGUGCAAAUAAUCAGAAUCUAAAAAAUAUAUCUGAAAUAGAAGGAUUUUUGAAUUCUAGUAUUAUUAGGAUAGAGUGUAUUGCUUGUGAUGUCUCGAAUAAACAAAGUGUUCGAGCUGCAUUUACUGAGAUCCAAAGGAUGUUUGAUAAUGAACCAAUAUAUGGUAUAUUCCAUAUAGCAGGUGUAUUAAUGGAUGGUGCUAUUCUAUCUCAAAAUAUAGAAUCAUUUGAGGUAGUUUUCAAACCUAAGGUUUAUGGAGCAUGGAAUUUACAUGAGAUAUGUUAUGAAUUAGAUUUGAACAAAAAUCUAAAUCAUUUUGUUUUAUUUUCAUCAGUUGCAUCUCUCCUUGGAAAUUUUGGUCAAACAAACUAUUCUGCAGCAAAUGCUUGUUUGGAUUCUUUGGCAAAUCACAGGCAAAAACAUGGUUUGAAUUGUCUUAGUAUACAAUGGGGUCCAUGGAUUGACCAAGGUAUGGCAGUAGAUUUAAAACAACACCUUGAAAAAGUAGGCCUUUAUGGAAUUUCUAAUGAAUUAGGAAUCAGAGCUCUAAAUGAUUUACUAUGUUUCAAUAUAUCAUCUACAAUCGCCUGCCAGAUAUUUAACUGGGAGAAAUACCUCAAGACUUAUAUAAUAUCAGGAAAUCACUGUUCUCUUUUUUCUAAAGUAGCAGAAUUUUCUGAAUUUGAGCUUACUUCUAGAAAUGCUAUUGAUACUAGUGGAAUGACUCAUGAAGAAGUUUAUGAUUUCGUACUAAAUAAUGUUUUAGCAGUCAUUGAACAAAUCAUAGGAACUUCACAAAGUUCAAUGAGACUAGAUACUCCAUUUUCAGAAAUUGGAAUGGAUUCACUAUCUGCUAUUGAAUUUAAAAAUGCUUUAAUUUCAAAAUUUGGUAUUAAAAUACCAUCUACAGCACUGUUCGAUUAUCCAACUCUAAAGGAUAUUGUGGAAUAUUUAACAGAUUCUUUAUUUGUAGAGGACACCAAAAAGUCUCCUUUAGAAACCCCUUAUAUUAUUAAUAGCCAGAACACACCUAUUGCUGUUGUUGGUAUAUCCUGUCGCCUACCAGGAGAUGUCAUGUCAUCAGAUGAUCUAUGGGAUAAAGUUGUAUUAAGUGGAAAUUACUGUAUUGGAGAAAUUCCUUUGGAUAGAUGGGUUGUUGAUUACUUCUAUGACCCUGACCCUGAUAAUAGGAGUAAAUCUUAUGUAAAUAAGGGAGCCUUUAUAAGAGAUAUUGAUUUAUUUGAUAAUACAUUUUUUGGAAUGUCUCCCACAGAAGCAAUGAAUGUAGAUCCUCAACAAAAGCUGAUGUUAGAAAUAUCUUACGAAGCUAUGUAUAGUUGUGGAAUAACCAAAAGAGGUUUAUCAUCUGUUAAACGUUCUGUACAAGGUACAAUAGAUGAUCCUUCAAUGACAGGAGUCUUUGUUGGAUGUUGCAACUCAGAUUGGCACUUUUUACAGACCAAAUUUGGAUUAGAUAAUUUUACCUCUUAUACAGGAUCAGGUGGUGCUGGGUCACUAGUUUCAAAUAGAAUAUCUUAUUCAUUUGGUUUUAGAGGCCCCUCUCAAACAAUAGAUACUGCUUGUUCAUCUUCUCUUGUUGCAAUGGAUGCAGCAGUUACUGCAAUAAAAAGUGGUCUUUGCCAUAGUGCAAUAGUAGGAGGUGUCAAUCUUAUGCUAAGUCCCCACCUAUUUGUUGCCUUUUGUAGAGCUAGAAUGCUCUCUCCUGACUGUAUGUGCAAGACUUUUGAUGCUGCAGCGAAUGGGUAUGCUCGUGGUGAGGGGUGUGCAUCAGUGUAUAUAACUUCCAAAACCCAGAUAAAUGGAAAACCAAUAAUACCUUUAGCUUAUAUUUUAGGAGCUGCAACGAAUCAUAAUGGCCGUAGUGCUAGUUUGACUGCUCCAAAUGGGCCUGCUCAAGUAGAGGUUAUUAAAACUGCUCUUCUCCAUUCACGUAUAACACCAAAUGAUAUUGAUUAUAUAGAAGCUCAUGGCACAGGGACUGCACUAGGAGAUCCAAUUGAAUUUGGAGCUUUAAAGACUAUCUUUGGAUCUGGAACAGAAACUAAUGUUGGAACUUCAGCUAGAUCUCACUCUUUAAUUUUGGGAGCACUAAAGACGAAUAUAGGACAUCUGGAAGGUGCUGCAGGAAUUGCUGGGGUAGUUAAACUUAUUUUGGUUUUGCAAUAUCAAAAAGCUCCUAAAAUACUUCAUCUUAAAAAUAUAAAUCCCCAUAUUGAUGCCGAAGGUUUUGAUGUUAUAUUUCCGAGAGAAAUAAUUCCUUUAGAGAAAUCAAAAUCAAGACAUAUUGGUGGCGUAAGUGGCUUUGGAUUUGGUGGCUGUAAUGCCCAUGUAGUAAUUCAGGCUCCUAAAUACAGUGAAGAAAAGACUUCUCAUACUGAAGUUAACGAGCCAUAUAUUGUCUUUAUGUAUAAUGGACAAGGAUCUCAAUAUGUGGACAUGUGCAAGGAUUUAUAUGAAUCUGAACCUGUGUUUAGAGAUGCAAUGAAUCUAUGUGAUGAACUGUUUAGUUCUACUUUGAACCAAUCACUCAUUGAUAUCAUAUAUCCAAAAGAUACUACUCAAGGAAAUAAUGAUGUAUUAAGCGAAACAUCAUUUGCACAGCCUGCAAUAUUUGCAAUUGAAUAUUCUUUAACUAAAUUAUGGGAAUCUAUAGGAAUACAGCCCUCAGCUGUUAUGGGUCAUAGUUUAGGAGAAUUUGCAGCAGCUGUGGUUAGUGGUGUUAUGACUAUAGAAGAAGGUGCGACAUUAGUGGCUCGUAGAGCUGCAAUAAUGUCUUCUUUGCCAACUAAAGAUGGUGUGAUGGCUGCUUGUAGGGCUUCCGAGGAACAAGUUUUAAAAUCUAUCAAGAACCUUGAAUUAGAAUCCACUGUAGCGGUUGCAGCUAUUAACGGGCCUAAAAAUGUUACAAUUUCAGGAUCAAGAAGUUCUGUAAUGAAAGUUAUUUCAGAUAUUGGUAUGGAAAAUCGAUAUAAACUUUUGGAUGUUUCACAUGCAUUCCAUUCACCUUUGGUUAGUGAAGCUGAGACUGAAUUUGAGAAAUUUCUGGACUGUUUAGAUCUAAAAACUCCCAAAGUACGUUUCAUAUCUUGCAUGACUGGGAAUGCAGAGACUUCCUUUAUAACAAAAAAGAAAUAUUGGACACGACAUAUUUUACAUCCUGUUAGAUUCUAUGACAGCAUUCAGACUGCAACAUCUGUAGACGAAAAGUCUAUUAUAAUGUUAGAAAUUGGACCCAAGGCAGUUUUAUCAAACAUGGCAAAGCAGACAAUUGGUGGGGUAUUUUUGACCCCUACUAUUCCAGAUUACAUGGAUAUACAAGAUAUAUUUUGGAUAGCUUCUGUAGAUAAUGUUAGUGGAGUAACUUUUAAAAACGCUGUACAAGCACUAAAUAAAUAUUCUGAAUUUGUCUCUUUAGAUCAUAUUCGUCCUAAAUGGAAUAAACAUAGAUUCCAUUGGGAAGAUCUUACAAACUUCCAUCCUUUAUUAAACAAGUACAACGGUCCUCAAGGAAAUGGAAACUCAUAUUUAUAUACUACUGAUAUGAUCAACUCUAAAGAAUUCAAUUCAAUGGUUUGUGACCAUGUGAUAUUUAAUAUGCAAGUUGUUCCAGCUGCUGCACUUAUUGAGAUCUUUGCUGUGACAGCUUUCAAGAUUCUAAGAUCAAAAAAGUUACCUUCUAGUUUUAUUGAAUUAAAUUCUAUGGAUAUUGAAAAGCCUUUAGUAUAUUCCUCAAAUGAAACCAUCUCUGAAAUGGAGGUCAUUAUAUCCGAUAUUAAUGGGAAUAUGAAGAUCAAAAAGAAAUUAGACUCAUUUGAUGUCUAUGAUACUGAGUAUGAAACUGAAGAUCAGAAAUCAAUUUUACAUGCUUCAAUAUCUUCUUCUAGAAUAUUAGAGAAGGAAGAUAUUCAAGUUCCUUCGACUAGUCUGGAUUCUCUGUUAAAGGAAUUUGAUCUUAGUAAAGAUACAGUAAAGGAAUUUCCUGUUGACUUGAUGUAUGCCAUAAUGAAUGAAAUUGGACUUCAAUAUGGCCCCAUGUAUAAAUGCUUAACUUCUGCACGUUAUCAGAUUGAAAAAGAAAACUAUAAUAGAGAUAAGCUAGAGAAACAAGAGGAAACUUAUAAAAAUACAGAGCUCAACAACUCAAAACAAGAAAAUCCACAAUUAAAUAAACAAAAAAUAACCCAAAUAUUUUGUUAUAUCAAGUACCCUAAUUCAAGUAAUAAUUUUGAAGUAAGAAUACAUCCAAGUAUGGUUGAUGCAGCUUUCCAAGCAUCUUCUGCAUUUUUUGCGAAUUCUCUAUUAAAUACUACAGAAGAUUUUGAUAUCUCAAAUAUAAAGAACUCCAAAUCAACUAAUAUUUUGAGUGCUCUUGUUCCAAUUGGGUUCAAGAGAUGUAUCUAUGGCCGUCAUGUUGCAACGAAAGGUGUAUGGUCUUUAGUUGAACUUAAGAAGUUAGAAAAAACUGGAGAUAUAGCUUUUAUAGAUGUUACCCUUUGGGAUUCUAGUACUAAUGAAUUUAUUGCAUUUUUUGAAGAUGUUACAUUAAAAAGAUUUCAGAAUGCAGCAGCUCUCUUUGCUCAAGAUUUGAGGAUACCCCAUCAAGUUUUGUGGAGGACAAAAUUAAAAAGGCUUGCUGAUUUACAAUUACUAAGUAGUGAAGCUCACACUGAAUCUCUUACUGAUACUAAGGAAUAUAAUGAGGAGUCAUGCUCUAAGACUUAUAUUGUUGUAUUUGGGGUACCAAAAGUAAUUCAAAAAUUGUUAAGUGAAUAUCUCAACAAAUUUAAUCAAUAUUUAUUUACAUUUAUUGAUAUAAAUACAAAGUUAACAACAGAUUUUCUUGAACAAACUAUUCAGGAAGAGAACUGGGACUUAAUGUUUUAUCUUGGAGCUCUACUACCUGAUCUGCCAGCUUGUCAAACUAUGGGGGAUAUAUUAAAGAUUGUACAGGUAAUGUCAUCAUUAGCUAUGUCAACAAGUACACCUCCAUUUAUAUGUCUAUCGAGAUGUGACAAUGAAGGCAAUGAAACUAUACUUAUUGAAAAAGAUGAAAACCAAACAAGUAUUCCUGAUAAUCAGAAAACUAAGGACUCACCCAGUAUACUUGACGUACCAAGGCAUUCUGGGAUUAGUGGAUUCGUUAAAACAGCAAGAGUUGAGCUUGAAAAUGUUAUAGGUAAAUUUAUUCAUAUUUCACAUGUGAAAUGCUGCUCUGAACUAGUGGAUGAUCCAUAUAAACUGCUGGGUUGUUUGGAAUUUAUUGCUAGAACUGUCAUAAAUUGCUCAAACGAUGCUCUUAAAAAUGAGACUGAUCUUAUUCUCUGUAAAAGUGAUGUCUUAGCUCCAAGGCUAGAAAAUAUCAACUUCCCGAUAUUGGGUUCACUUAAGAUGGUUAUGAACAGUCGAGGUGCUAUCACUAAUCUUAAAUUAAAGCCUCUAGCUUUAGCAGAAAGAUCCAAACCUAUGCAAAAUACAGUGGAAAUUCGUGUAAGAUCUAUUGGAUUAAACUUUAGAGAUGUAUUAAAUGUUAUGGGAUUAUAUCCAGGAGAUCCAGGUCCUCCAGGAGGAGAUUGCUCUGGUAUAGUAGUUGCAGUUGGAGAAGGUGUUUCUCAUCUUCAAGUUGGUGAUUAUGUAUUUGGUGUAGCCCCCGGUUGCCUAAAAACAUAUGUUACUACCGAUGCUAAUCUUAUGUGUAAAAUACCAGAUGGAUUUUCAUUUGAAGAGGCUGCUACCUUACCAGUAGUUACUACUACUGUUGAAUUAGUUUUGAAAGAUAUUGCAAAUAUUAAAUCUGGAGAUCAUGUAUUAGUUCAUGCAGUAACUGGUGGAAUUGGAUUAAUGAUUGUUCAAUAUUGUAAGACUAUAGGUGCAAAAGUAUAUGGAACUGCAGGUAAUGAUACAAAGAUUGAAUAUGCAAAAUCAAUUGGAGUUGAAGUUGUUAGUAGUUCAAGGGAUUCAUCCAAAUUUACUAAAGAUAUGGAACAAUAUAUUGGAAAAUUAGAUAUUGUAGUCAAUUCAUUAAUUGAAGAUUUUAUUCCUGCCUCUUUAGAAUUAUUAAAACCAAAUGGUCAUUUUAUUGAAUUAGGUAAGCGUGGUAUAUGGAGUGAUGAAGAUGUUGCUAAAAUAAGGCCAAAUAUCAAUUAUACUAAAGUUGCUAUUGAUGUAAUGAUGGAAGAAAAACCUAUUUGGUUUAGAAGUAUGUUAGAUCGUAUUAGAAAUUUAGCAAAUGAGAAAAAGAUACAACCAUUACCAAUGAAAAUAUUUAAUAUGAGAAAUUACAAAGGUGAAAAUGAUGGUAUUGCAGCAUUUAGAUUUAUGCAAAGAGCUCAACAUAUUGGAAAAGUUAUUAUAAAUAUUCCUAGCCCAUUUUCAAUAAGGAAAUGUUCAGAAAUAAUUUCUGAAGAUACAAUUGAACAACAAUGUGUUAAUAAAUCGAAUUAUUGUCAAAUUAAAAGAUACAAUAAUUUUUCAAAAUAUCAAUAUGGUGUUUAUAUAAUAACAGGUGGUUUAGGAGGUUUGGGUCGUGUUGUAAUCCAUUGGCUACUAGAAGAGGGUAUUAGGAAUAUUGUAAUAUUAUCUAGAAGUGCAAAUAAUCAGAAUCUAAAAAAUAUAUCUGAAAUAGAAGGAUUUUUGAAUUCUAGUAUUAUUAGGAUAGAGUGUAUUGCUUGUGAUGUCUCGAAUAAACAAAGUGUUCGAGCUGCAUUUACUGAGAUCCAAAGGAUGUUUGAUAAUGAACCAAUAUAUGGUAUAUUCCAUAUAGCAGGUGUAUUAAUGGAUGGUGCUAUUCUAUCUCAAAAUAUAGAAUCACUUGAAACUGUAUAUGCCCCUAAGGUUUAUGGAGCAUGGAAUUUACAUGAGAUAUGUUAUGAAUUAGAUUUGAACAAAAAUCUAAAUCAUUUUGUUUUAUUUUCAUCAGUUGCAUCUCUCCUUGGAAAUUUUGGUCAAACAAACUAUUCUGCAGCAAAUGCUUGUUUGGAUUCUUUGGCAAAUCACAGGCAAAAACAUGGUUUGAAUUGUCUUAGUAUACAAUGGGGUCCAUGGAUUGACCAAGGUAUGGCAGCAGACUUAAAACAACAUCUUGAGAAAGUUGGAAUGUAUGGCAUAUCUAAUGAGCUUGGUAUUAGAAUACUAAAUGAUACGAUGUGUUAUUUACAUAGUGAAAGUGUAAUAGGGUGUCAGGCUCUUAAAUGGGAUGCAUUUAUGCGCAGGUAUAGUUCUAUUCCGACAUUCUUUAACGAAAUAGAUUAUAGCUCACAUAAAAAGGUCAGUAAGCAUAUUGAUAUCCAAAAUAUGACAGAUGAAGAAUUAAUCGACUUAAUAUCUCAUAUAGCACAGCAGUGCGCAGGCUCUGCUACACUACCAACUCCGGAAACUGUACUAUUAGACUUAGGUCUAGAUUCUCUGGGAGCUGUGGAAUUCAGAAAUACAAUAUUAGAUCUUACUGCAGUUAAAUUACCUCAAACAUUGGUAUUUGAAAACCCAACCAUUGCAACAAUUGCCCAUUAUGUAAGGCAAAAUAAUUUUGAUGAAAACUCUUCAAAAGAUCAGUAUACAAAUAAUCCCCAGCUCCAAUCUAAUAUAUCUAAUUCCCAUGGAAGUAUUGAACAAUGGUUAUUGAGUUCACUCAAGCAGUCCGAACGUUAUUUACUAUAUCUUGAGUCAUUUAACAAACGAUAUUCUAAUUUUACUGAGUUGAUAGCUGAAACAGAUAUUAUUACUGCUUUAGAAGAUAUUGGAGUGGAGAACCAUGAAGAUUUUGAUCUUCUUUAUGUAUCUUGGAAUGAAAUAAUUACAAUUGAGGAAAACACAAAAAAACCAAUAAAUGAGGAAUCUUCUGAAGUAAAAGUAGUAGAUUUUUAUAAUCCUUCAGAUGAUGUAGCAAAUGUAAUUUCCAAUCUAAACAUUAAUCUAGAAAAUAUUGAACCAGCCACUGCUCCUGAGAAUAUUCAAUUAGCUUUAUUGACAGGUGUUACAGGGUUUGUGGGCAGAAUUUUACUAGUUAAAUUACUGGAAUAUAUGCCACAUCUAAAUGUGAUUUGUUUGGUACGUUCAAGUUCACCCAAAGCUGGUCUUGAGAGAAUUAUCACUGCUUGCUCAGAGGCAGAAAUCUGGGAUCCUAAAUUUAUUUCUAAAAUAAUAGUAGAAUGUGGUGAUUUUGAACAGAACUUUUUAGGUCUUUCUGAAGAAAGGUACAAUGAAUUAUGCAAACAAGUUGAUAUUGUAUAUCAUAUUGGAGGAGAUGUAAACUUACUCAGUAACUACAAAAGACUCCGGAAAACGAACUCAUUAUCAAUAUCUGGAAUUAUAGAGUUCUGUUCUAAAGUAAAAAUCAAACAUUUGCACUUUUCUUCCACUUUAGGACAAUUCCCAGCCUUUUUUGCAAUGUUUACAAGAGAAUUCUCGGAUUCCAUUGUUUCUGAAUUUGAUGGACCUAAUACUAAAGAAAUGAAUAGAUUAUUCCCACCAUCUAGACAGGGAUAUCCUUGGAGCAAAUGGGCAGCUGAACAAAUUUUGGAAUUUGCAAGAUCAAAGGGACUACCUGUAACUAUUUACAGACUCCCAAAUACCUAUGUAGCAUCAGAUACCGGUUUUACAAACAAAACAGAUUAUGCUACAUCUCUAUUAAUAGCAUCAAUAUGUGAAGGAAUAUUCCCUAUUGGUUCUACAACAGCUCCAUUAACUCCAGUAAAUACAAUUUGUGAUAUGAUUGUUUUAGCAUCCUUUAGGAGUAAUAGAAAAUAUUGGAGAUACAACUUAAUAGAUACAAGAAUUCUUACUCGCUCAGAUAUUGAGAAUUGGGCUCGUGAACUUGGUCUAGUUUAUUAUGGAGUUAAUAUUGAUAAAUUUUUAACUGCUAUAAAGGAACGAGGUCCAGAAAGUCCUAUUUUUAAAUUUGUACCUUUAAUGCAAUAUUGGCGUCAUUAUUGGUUUGAUAAUAAAGAGAGAACAGAACUAUUCCCAGUCAACUCUUCAAAUAUACUUGAAGAUAUUCCUGAAAUUAAGUGGCCAUCUCUUAGAGAAACUUUUUGUAAUUCAUUUUUAUAUGCAACUAGACAUGGAUAUUUCCCUGCUAAAUCUAAAGCUAUCAGAUAUGAGAUAACAGAUUGCAUAGAUGAUGCACUUUUUGAGAUGAAAACUGAAUUUAUUAAUGUUGAUGAAUUUAAAGCAGAUAAUCAUAAUGUAAUCAGUGCUGCGAAACAAAUCCAACAUGCUACUAAAAAGUGUGACUUAACAUUUUUUGGUAAAUAUUCUAGCUAUUUGUUAAUUAAGCAGUCUUUAAUAAAUCAAUAUAUUUUACACAACAUGAAGAUACCUCAAAAUACCCCUCAAUGUAUAUUUGUCACUGGACUUUCAUAUGAUGUUAACAAGAACGUAAGAAAUCAUAUUAAACGCAUUCUUGGACGUGUUUCUGAACUUAAAUUUGUUGAUAUUGUUUGCCCCUAUAAUCCAAACUCCUUUAGUAAAAAAUUCAUGAUCAAUAGAAUGAAGAUGUCUCAGAUUUGUUGCCUUCUAAAUCUAGACGAAGUUCAAUUAGAUGAACAAUCUGUAGUGGAAGAUGAUGCAUUAAUCUUAGAAAUAUUGCUUAUGUCCCCAUUUAGUACUCCUUUAAUAUAUGGUGAAUAUUUACAGGAUUAUCAAACUCAGCUAUUGCAGCCAUCCAAACUUCAGGAGAUCUAUUCAAGUUACAAGUAUUAUAUUAGUAAAAUUGCAGCUAAAUAUAAUUAUAAUGACCCUCUUAUAUUAAGUUCUCCAUUCCACCUUGGAUGUAUUAAUGAAAUCCUUAGCAUAUUUGAAAAUUGCAAGAUAGUCGUAGUCUUAAAUAAACAAGAUUAUGAACAUCAAGAAAAUUACAAUACUGAAUCUAAUAAUAGAAGCCUGAUAAUAAAACAAUGGGAAACUGAAAUUCAUACAAAGGCCAAAAAGUACUUUGGGAAAUCCAAUUCUAUUACUUCAAAAAAAAUAAAUGAUAUAUUUGAUUUAAUUUUAAACAGAGAACAGAAUAAAUCUAUUCAAUCAAAAGAUAGAGUUUUAGUUUUAUCUAACGAGGACAUGCAAAGUGAUCUUAAAUUAGAAUCAACUUUACUCUCUUUUUGUGAAGGGAUAAUAAGUUAA